AUGGAGUACCAUUCUGUCCCUCUGGAGGAGCGCGCGAAAGACGACAAGGGGAAUAUUCUCCCCUGGGGUUAUGUUUAUAAAGAUGAAUCUCGCAACCCACGACGACCGCCCGAGGAAUCAGGACCCUUCGGCAAGCGAAGAAAUGCCCGCUACGAGCAGUCCCGAUCACGCACUCGCACUGGAACCCCGGCAAAGAAGGAGAACCAGAAUGUGGCAGAGUUUGGCCGGCUGUUCGCGCAGCAGCAGGAGCAAGAAACAUCACGGAACACGCUUCCCAAGUCAUCGUCGUCAUCGAACCUCGACAAUGUCAGGAAGCAGACGGAAAAAGUUGCGACGGAGUGCAUUUUAUACGGAUAUAGGGAUAAGGAUUCGGAAUGGAAGGUGAUCGAUAAGUUCGAGCGGAUUUCUCGAGGCGUGAUCUGUGAAGACUACCCAAGGAACGACCCGAAGACCAAUGCUGGGUACUCUCAGAUUCUUAGUGGUGGUGAUGUGGUGAUUCGGGCCAAUCUGUCUGCGGAUGCGAACCGCAAGUCGAAGCGAUAUGCGGGUGGAUUUCAUUGGAUUAAAGUUACGUUCGAUUCUUCGAAUGCGGCGGACCGCGCCUGCUUCUACUCGCCGCAGGAGAUUGACGGACAUAUUGUUUUCUGUGAGAUGUAUCAUGGGCAAGGACCUGCGGAGGAUAUCCCAAUCCCUCGGGGCUCGACGGAGGCGAACCGAUUCAUGUCAAACAACAAGCGCACAUUGAGCACAUCUCACUCAACAGCGUUCCUCCAGAACAAGGACAAGGAGCGCACAUCAUCAUUAAAGGGCGGGGAACGCGCAACAUUACCCCGAUCAUUUGGCAUAAAUAACCUCGCCAGCAUCGCCGAUGAGGAGAUAACAUCCCAAGAGUCAACAAGCACAGUCAGCUCCGCAACCGCCACAGGCAUCGAACAACCCAUCGCCCACCAGCGAAAUGUCCCCAAGGAACCGCCCACCCCGUCCGAAUUCAUGUCGCAUGUCCCGACCGUACGUCGAACAAAACUGCGGCCAAUUACCGAAGCCCUCCCGCCCGCUCCAACGGUCACUGAGCGCGUGCUCCGCUCAAUCCCAAUUCUUAGCUGGUUCACAGGCGACAUUGUCGGCGAUGGCCCGCAACUGCGGGAAGAUGGAACCUUUGACUACGACAAGUCCAAUGUGUACUGGCGGUUCUGGUACAUGGUCGACAUGAUUUUGGGAACGGACAUUUGCGGGUUGAGGGAAGAGUCGUGA